AUUCGACGCUCGUCUAAAAGGAUUGUAGCUGGUGAUCCCCGAAAGACGAGAGACAGUCUCGCGGAAAAAUCGCCGUCGAGGAAUCCUAGCCCUUUGUCCAGAGGUGGGGCCGAUUCCAUCGGAUCGGACGUCGUUUUCGACCCGGGCGACGUGAUUCGUAGUGUCCGAAGAAGCAAAGGUCCGAAGAUAUAGAAGAGAAUUCUUCAGAUUCCAAUCAUGCAGAACUAUGGACACGAGGAUUACGAUUACGGGGGUGGCGACUCGCAAGGUAUCGGGAGGAGCCUGCCCCAGGUGCCGGGCGCGAGACCCAUGGUAGACCCCCAAGCCGAGGGGGAGGUCGACCCGAACUUGUACCCGCAGCCAAAAGAGGCGACGCACAAGAUCCGUGGAAAAAGUGACUUGAUCGAGUACCUCUUCGGGACCGUGGAUCAAGAACUUCUCACGGUGAAGACGUUCUACUUCUUCUUCUACUCGGCCUUCGGUUCUCUUUUCCCGUUGAUGGGUGUCUACUUCAAGCAGAUGGGCAUGAACGCCGGACAGUGCGGUCUUCUCAUGGGUCUCAGGCCUUUCAUCGAGUUCGUCAGUGCGCCAUUCUGGGGUUCGCUGGCUGACAGGUGGCAAAAGGGAAAGCUGAUCUUCCUAGCCUCGCUCUCCUGCUGGAUCGUUUUCACCCUUCCCCUGGCCUUCAUGCAGCCACCAGCCACGUCGUGUUUGGUCGUACGUAACAACACUGCGUAUCUGGAACCACCGAACCCAAAAACGAGGAUAGUGAAACGGUCCACCAAUCUCGAUGAUUUUUACCAUCAAAACGAUGGCGAGUGUUUAGAGAUUGCCGAGAACGUGGUAUUCGAGAGGCUGCGAAAGGGCGACAAGCUCGAUCCGCUGAUUACCCCCAGCUUGCAAAGGACCAAGGACACAGCUAAUGUUCAGGUGAAUCACGAUACUAACAGGGUUCGAAGAGAAACAUAUGAUACCUCCACUACCGAGGAUAGUCCAGUCGAAAAUCUUCAUUAUAAGCAAUUGGUUUUUGAAGAGAACGAUCCCGAAGCUAAGACCAUUGAUUUUGAGACUUUGCAAAGGAAAAACCGUCCAGCAGACAUACUCGAGUACAAGCGAUUCCUCAAUAAUCAACCCCUGGACAACGGCAAGCCGCCGAAGAAGGCGUACACGCACACCAAGACCAGGGUGAAACCAGUCCCGUCCAAAGUGAUGGUGAAAAGGGAUGUCGGCGACGAAGUUUCUAACGAGAACGAGGUUUUCAUGAAAUCUGAGCAAGAGCGGUCCACCAUGAAAACUGUGCGGAAAUGGUCUCUCAUGGACGAAGAGAUGAGUGAUCGAGAGAAUCGGAACGAUAACGAAGAAGAGAUAAUUGAUAUGCCAUUGAUCAGGACUAAACGGUAUGUCAGAGUGCCUCACUCUGGUGUGAGUCCUCAUUCGGUUUCCUAUGCAGCCAAUUAUAACGAAAAGGAGAACAGGGGCUGGGUGAAACCUCUCUUCAGCUCUAUUGUCUACAGACUACCGGAUAUCCAAAAAACAUUCUUUCUUCUGUUACUAUUGGUGAUAGUAGGAGAAUUCUUCUCGGCGCCUGCGAUUACUUUAGCAGACUCAGCUGUGAUCACUCUGUUGGGCGAAGACGCGGAUAGGUACGGUCAUCAGCGAAUGUUCGGCAGUUUGGGCUGGGGCCUUGCCAUGUUCUUCGUGGGCAUCGCUUUGGAUCACAGCACUUCGUUCUCCGAGCAUCCUUGCGGGCCGGACGCUAGGGAAAAAAAUUAUACAAUCUGCUUCGCGAUCUUCAGCGUCCUCAUGGGCGCUGCUCUGAUCACUGCCACGCAGAUCAAUUUCAAAUACGAAUUCCCGGUCGUGGAACCGGAGGUGGAGAAGCCUCCUGCCGAGCCGACGAGAGAAGAGCAGUUGCAGAGUCAACUCUCUCAACAAUUAAAUCUCCCUAGUCUUCAAGAUUCGUCAGCAGCUAUAAAUCCUAAGCCGCAGCCUCCCGAAGGCAAGACUAAAAUGUUCGCUCAAACAAUGCGGGAGAUCCCGGAAUGGGUCACCGUGCUGAAGCAAUUUAAAGACCUCAAGUGCGCGUCGUUCCUGUUCGUCGCCUGGUUCAUGGGCUUCGGCAUCGGGCUGAUCUUCACGUUCCUCUUCUGGCAUCUUCAAGAUUACGGAGGAACACCGACACUUUUUGGCGUUGCUUCCGUCAUCAACCACAUUUCGGAGAUAUUCGCUUACUUCUUCAGUUUCAAACUUAUCCGACAGAUCGGUCACGUAAAGGUGCUGUGCAUGGGCCUGGGUGGGAACGUUUUUCGUUUUCUUUAUAUCUCUUGGUUGACGACGCCGUGGUGGGUGCUGCCGUUCGAGUUCAUUCAAGGGAUAACGCACGCCGCCGUUUGGGCAGCUUGCUGCAGCUACAUCGCUCACAACACGCCCCCGCAGCUGCGUACCAGCGCGCAAGGCGUUCUCCAAGGUAUCCACCACGGUCUCGGCAGGGGUUGCGGCGCCGUGAUCGGUGGAAUGUUCGUCGAUGCUUACGGAACGACUGCGACGUUCCGCGCGUACGGUCUGAUCUGCCUGGUCGUGCUAGGCGCGUUCGUGUUCAUCAACUUCUACAGAAAGGACACCGGUUUCGUUUCCGAGCUGCCGCAAACGGAGGACCCGCACCAGGUGGCCGAGGCGACUCAUUUGGCACCGCACGGCGUUCCCAGCAACGCGAUUCCACGCGCCCUCAGCUCGACCCGGCUGCACGAGCUGGCUAAUCAGGAUUCCGGUUACGGCGCCACUUAUCAAACCUCCGGAGGAAACCUCAGCGUGCCCGGUGCGAACGGAGGCCCAGUGAACCCGACGAAUCCAUUCCUGAACGGUGGAGGCGGCGGCGGAGGUGGAUAUAAUUACGGUAUGACUGGUCAUGGCGAGGACGAGUAUAUCCGUAGGAGCUUCCAGCUCUACAAUGAGGUGAUCAGCAGGGAGUUCGAUCUGGUUAAACCACCGCCGAUAGUGACCCACCUACACGCUCAACAACCAUGCACCAAUCCCUUCCAUCAGCACGACUACGAAUGGUAACAGUCCGAUCCUACUUGAGGUGAUUCAGGAUGAUCAUGGAACGCUGAUCGCGGUUGUCGGCUCGUUCUCUGGCGAAGAACGCAGGACCAGCUUCAACAUUUACGCGGUUGGAGCCUUUGGUGUCCCUACGAGCACCAUCGUUCGUUACACUCGUCGUAAAUCGAAAAUAAUCGCGAUAGAAGAAUGGGGGGUGAACGGGGGAAGAGAGCUUGGAUUAUCUUUUUUCAAGUUCGGAAUCGAUGGAGACAAAAGGGCAUCCGUGAGACUGAAACGACUCAAAGUGCCUGACCAACGAGACGUCGUUUACGAAUGAGAAAUCGCUGAGCACGUAUGGACAGGUAAACUGAGAUAUCGCGUAAUUAGUGAAGAUCGAUGACGCUCUCGGUGUCACCAAAGGGCAGCGAAGCACUCGGAGCGAAGCUUCUGCGUGGAGAACGCGCGCGAAUCUAAGGAGCAACUACCCUAAAGAGACAUUUUAUCCGGGUGUCGCGCGGUAACGAGUAGAAUUGAAUUUUCUUACGCUUGGACGAGAUUGGAGGAUGCACCGGUUACCGCGUGUACACGCGCGAAAACACGAUGUACAGCGAGGAGUCUUUCGUGACUCGAGUCUAUCUAAUAUACCUGACACGUGUAGUACGGCACAACACGAUCUGCGGGGUCGCUUCAACGAAAACACUUAUUCUAUCGCAAGAGCUUGCAUUCCGCGGCGUUUCACGUCUCCGAACACGAGAUGGACGAUUCGAUGGCCGAUUAAACGAUCUCGUUAUUAGAUCAUUGCGAUAUAUAAGAAAUAAAUAAAAUGAAACGUUUAAUUUGAGAUGCUAAUCUCGUAUCGUCCACCUCUGUUUUAAUGUCAGUCGAGGCUCUUUGGAUCUGGAUAGAACAAGACUGCCAGAACACAGAUGAAACUCGAAUGCAAGCUGCUCGAUGUAAUUUAUUCUGUACAUUAUCUCCGUGCAAAACUGUCCGCUUCUCUAUUUCUCGUUUCGUCGCGAUUCUGACCACUGUUGUUGGUUCAUUGUAAAUAACUGUACUAUCUCUACUUCGCGUGUGAAUAUUAAGCAAAGUCCCUAAUCUACCGUUCGCCCCCGUUGUACCUCGUUCCUAGACUAAUGGAAACGUUGUUCGUUGCGUGUUGUAAUUUAUAAAACGUUCACACUCGAACUGUAACCACUGUAGUCUAUCGAAAGUAGGUAGGUGAUCGGGUACCGUUUUACCAUCUAACACGUUUCCUCGUGGAUAGGUGUACGAUAUCGUUGAUACGGAUUAGGCGAUGUCCGUGACAAAGGCGGACGCGUGAUUACGCCUAAGCCGAGGCACAAGCUAGACGUAACGUUUUACGUGUUACGUAUUUACCUACGUCGCGUGGGCUACCCUUUUGAAUCAAGUUUAAAACUAAACCUAGCGUCGUACGCAUCCGAGUGCUUUUUAGCUCAGUAUUCGACGUGAUCAUCGUUUACAUAAAUUGAUUAUGCGUGAAGAUGUAAACACGCGUUACGGGGGUGUACAUUUGGUUUAUCGCUCGAUCUCACCCUUUCGAGGACACCUUCCACCGAAAUCGAGUAGACUUAGGCCACUAGUUGAUAGUAAUAAUCGUCGUCUAGUAGCUAGUGAUUAUUAAUCUCCAUCCAGAGAUGGCAAUUACAAUUGUGAACUGCACCGAUCUGUCGCGCGAUAGCAUGCACGCCCACGAUACGCUAAUCAAUCAUCGGAUCAAUGAUCCAACGUAUGAUUAUGGAAUUGUUUGCAUGAUCAUUUAUUUUAUCGAAUGCUGCGUGAAACGAACGUUUGUUGCUACUCGUAACUGUAAUAGGCAAUCGCUUGUUUUCGUAGAUCUGUAAAAUGAAGCCUGUUCGUUUGUCACGCGACGACCGGUGAAAGGCGUGCUCGAAAUAAAUGCAGAUGAAAUUAUCGUCAACUCGUUUCGCGUUUCUUAACGAACCGUAGCUCGCCGACCGUACUGAUACGGUAACGGAACUAUGGGACGACGUUCAACUCUCCAAGUCUUCCUACCGCACGUAGUCUCAUAAAUUACCCUGAUCACGGACGUUCCUAUGGGGUAACAUCGGAAGAGGAGCAUGGAAUCGUGGAAUCACAAUUUGAAAUUCACAUCGCACGAUUCUAAUCUUUUCCUUAUUUUAUUUUUAUUCAUCCCUUCGAAGCUCUGUUCGAGCAUACUUUUCACCCGCAUUAAGACUAGGCGAACGCUGCCAACAAUUUUUUCUCCAUCGUAUUUACAUUUAUUUAAACAUCGGUAAUUGUUCGCUCAUCGGAUAUUAAAAUAAAUUGUCGGCAAUGUAUGCGCUUAGUGGGAGAUGUACGGGGAGAGUGCAUGGCAAGGGACAUUAAUUUGGCGAACUCGAUACAUAUCAUAUAGUGUUAAGUUUGAAAAAGAAAUCGAUGUAACAGUCGCUUCGCACACGAUAUAUAAUAAGACACGACUUACUGUCGAGACAGUAAAGAUCUAUUACGUCGUACGUUCUGAAAUUUCUCGACAAGACUGACGGUAGUUCGAAAACGACUCGAUCGGCAAGCAGGGAAAUAUUUAAUGAAACGAGGAUCGAGGGAUUCAUGUGCGAAGCGCGUUAAAACGAUAGGCAUAGCGUCAUUAAAUAGACUAUUAAACAGAGGAAGAAUAUAAAAUACAAUAUACAGUAAACGAUGUAAUUAAUAUACAGUUUCAAAGAAACAGAA